UUACUCCACCAACGCAACAGUUCGUAGUGGCUUUUUUUGACCUAUAUCUUCCUCGCAGUUCGCACGAAGUUUGUUGCAAUGGCAAACAAGAAUCCAGGAGCAGUUCGCCGCAAAAGAAAGUCCGUUUUUGAGAUUGCUGAAAGAAGAAGACAAGGGGAAAAGCAGUGAAGCCAAACUAAGAGCUUGUCCCGGAGGAGCUGCAGGACCCUCUGUACACAGACCAGUACGGACAGGAGCACCUGAAGCCAGCCCUGUCGCAGCUGCUCCUGUCGCCGCACCUGUACGCCCAGGUGGCUCGGGGGGGACAGAGCGGGGCCCCGGGGGACACUCCGGCCCUGCUCCAGCUCCUCAUGAAGAAGGACAUCAGUGUGAGGACAGAAGAGGGACAGGUCACAGACAAGGAGCUCAGCCAAUCCCCCAUCAGACUGAAGGCUCACUUGGCUCUGGUGGAUGGCCUCAUGGCGCUGGCCGCUCAGGACACUCUGGACCAGGUGAAGAUGGCGGCGGAGGCAGAGGCGGGGCCUGGCGCAGCCUGGGAGAACGCUCUGCUCUUCUGGGUCAACAAGAUAAACCAGAGCCUACGGGAGAGCACAGAGGAAGAGGAGCAGCCACCUAAAGCUCCAAACUGCACUGACGCACAGCCUGCCCAGGACCCGAGCCAGUCCAGCCGUUGGUACUGGAAGCUGGUUCCGAUCCGCUACAGGAAGGACAAAGUGCAGUCCAAGCUGACUCCCACCUUCCCCCUGGUGUCUGGCCUCAAAGAUUUGUCCAAUGGUUCAGCUCUGGGCGCCGUGCUGCACUUCUACUGCCCCAGUCUGCUGCCUCUGGAGGACGUGUGCCUGAAGGACACCAUGUCUGUGGCAGACAGUGUGUACAACUUGCAGCUCAUCAGGACAUUCUGUGAGACCCACCUCCACAAGUGCUGCCCCCUGCAGGUGGAGGACCUGCUGUACGCACCCCCUCUACUGCAUACCAACAUCCUGGUCUUCCUCUCCGAGCUCAUGAACUGCUUUGAGGUCCAGAAGCCGGACUUUGUGAGACCAGUGCAGCCUGUAGACCUGACCGAUAUGUCUGGAGUCCUGGACUGCACCAGCCCUGUCAGUGGACACAAUAACAGUGGCUCUCCUUCGUACAUCUUCAAACAACCAUUUGUUCCCAUUCCCCCUGAAGUAUCAGCAGAAAACCAGAGUUGGGCGAAGAAGCAGAUCAGUGGCCCCCUGUCCGCAGUGGCUUUCAGCAUCCCAUUUGGGCUGGACAGUGAUGUAGACAUUGUCAUGGGCAACCCAAUCGACUGUGUGUUUCACCCCGUCAGCAGCGAUGGCCUGGCCCCUGCCGUCCCCGCCAUGACCUCCCCUGUGAGCGCCUACAGCCCUCCUGAGGACCUCAGCCACCUGAUCAGCAGCUCCGCCCCGGCCCCUCGCUCGUGGGGGCCCUACAUGACACCUCUGGGAGAGCUGCCCACCAUCGAGGAGGCCCUGCAGGUCAACCACCCCAGAAAGAGCAGACCCGAGCCAAGGCUGCGGCCUGAAGGAGCACCCGCCGGGUUCUACCUGCACUCCCCGGAGAAAGAGGACUCCCCUUUGAGCAGCUCGAUCCCAGCCCGAGGGGGCGGGAGGGACAGAGGACGCUCCUCUGACAUGUCCCGAGACGAUGACUCAGUGCUCAGAGACGGCAGUGUGGACUCUUCCGAGGCCUCCGAUGACACUCCCAGGAACACGCCCGGGAACAUCCGGCCAAACUGGGGUCGUCAGAGCACCCACAGCCCCAGUGGAAGCCCACGCAUGACCAGUUUUGCAGAGCGGCGGGACACUCGGAGAAGACAGCCUGCUGCUCCUGGGGAGGAGGCCAGCUCAGCUCCCACCACACCAGGGAGUCCUGCUGUGGGAGCAGUCCGGCAGGACUCUCCCGGGACUCCAGGUCCUGACGCUCUGGUUCUGGGGGCGCGUCUGGAGGAAAAGCGCAAGAGCAUUGAAGCGCAGAAGAGGCGCAUAGAAGCCAUAUUUGCCAAACACAGGCAGAGACUGGGAAAGACAGCCUUCCUCCAGCUGCAGAGAGAGCAGGGUGAGGGGGGAGGAGACACAGGAGGGGACUCCACCACGGGGGACACAGAGGACCAGCUCAGCCUGGAUGAGCGCCUCACACAGGUGGAGGAGCAACUGCAGCGGGAGGAGGAGAGGGAGCAGAAGGAAAAGGUCAGUGCCCCCCCACGGCUGGAGAAACAGGUGACUUUCUCCCUGGACAAUAAGGACAUGAAGGACAAUAAAGACAAUAAGGACAGUAAGGACAUUAAGGACAGUAAGGAGCGAGGGGGUGGGGCCGGUAGCUUGGGGCCGGGGGUGCCGGAGUACACGGAGGUGGUCCAGAAGCUGAGUGAGGCUCUGGAGUGCCUGCAGAAGGACAUGCAGAAACUGACACAGCAGCAGCAGCAGCUCCUCAGUGGACAGUGGCCCAGGACCACGCCCAAAAACUCCCCAAAGAGCAAACCCUCACCCUCAGCCUCCAAAACCCCUCCUCGCACCCCAACCAAGACCCCCACCAGGAGUGUGAGUAAGGCGUGGCUCAUCCCUGCAGCCCCCUCUGUGUCCCACCGCUCUUCAGCCUCUGCUAAAACAGCCCUGUCCUCCUCUUGUCCCGCCCCUCGCACUAGAGCCACUACAACCCCCCGCAGCCCCAAAGCACACUCCCGACCCCAUGCGUCCCACCCUCGCCCCUCAGAGCUUAAGUUCCCCCCUCUGACCCGCGUUCUAACCCCCCCACAGAGCGUGGACUCACUGCCCCAUCUGCGGCGCGUGUCGCCCAGCAAGUGCCAAGUCCAAACCUCUUCCUCCUUCCGCAUUGGGGGCCCCCAGACCCCACAGGAGUCCCCUCAGACAGCUCCCCCACCACAGCCUGAGGAGAGCACUUCAGACACAGGGUCCAGUGAGACCCCCACCCAGUUCAGCCUGGAGCUGGAUCAGGAGGAGAGGAGCUCCACACAGGACAUCCAGCAGCCUGCCGUGGAAAGCAGUCCCUCAGAGUGCUCCCUCCAGAGUGAGACCCUGUCCCUGUCUGCCUUCAGUGUGGGCCCUGAUGGGGGCCCCGCUGGGGACAAGUGCAGCCUGAUGGCCUCUCUGUCCUCUCUGGGGCCGGGUGAGGGAGGCAGUGAUGACCACACAGAUGAGACCCACGAGUUCUCCUCCGACUCCAUGAGCGACCACACGGAGGGUGCAGCCGCGGAGGCGCGAGGACGAGAGCAUGGAGCCCCACCCAGUGAGUCCAGCACAGAAGGACCCCCACCCAGUGAGUCCAGUGCAGAGGGACUGGCCGAGCCCUUCAGCAGUGACACCGGUGGAGAGCAGAUUGAAGAGCUGAGUGGCAGUGCGCCCCGAGGAGGCGUAGGCUUCUUCUUCAUGGAGGGUGCUCACAGAGAAGAGGACAUGGCCCAGCGCAGAGCUGCUCUGUUGGAGCGACAGCAGAGGAGGAGUGAGGAGCUGAAAAGGAGAAGACAGUGGCAUGAGCACGACCCAGACAACAGACCGGAUAGGCCCGACCAGCGAGCAGCUUCUCCCUCUGGAUCCCCGGCUGGUCACACCUCUUCCUCACCCACCGCUCCAGCCACCCCAGCCCGCCGUGGAGAUUUCACGCGGGGGGAGUACGCCCGUCGGCAGCAGCUCCGCAUCAUGGACGACCUGGACAAAAUGCUCAAGCAGAAGUCUACCGCCACAGGACGUGCCCCCAGCAAGAAGACACGAGCCCGCCCCCGCAGUAUGACCAGAGAGGGCACCCAGCUGUCCCUCAGCCCUGCCAAGAGCACCCCAGGCUCUAGAUUGACUAAAGUCUACUCACACUCGUCUCUGAACCUGCCUGCUACUGGUGACACAAGGAACAGCAGCGGUGAACUCACCAAACCCGACAGCCGCCCUGCGUCACCGUGUAGACAGGACAAGGACUGUGACCCGGGCUCCAGCGGUGCCUCGUCAGCCCCAGACUACACGGGCCCGAAGCUGUUCAAAGAGCCCAGCUUCAAGUCCAACAAGUUCAUCAUCCACAACGCCCUGUCCCGCUGCUGCCUGGCGGGGAAGGUGAACGAGGCCCAGAAGAACAAGAUUGUGGAGGAGAUGGAAAAGAGCCCCGCUAACCACUUCCUGAUCUUAUUCCGGGACUCCAGCUGUCAGUUCCGGGGGGUGUACACACUGAACCCGGACGCCCAGGAGCUGGUGCGGCUGACGGGGGUGGGGCCUCGCUCCGUCAGCUGUGCCCAGGUCCAGUCCAUCUACAAGUACAGCUCCGACCGCAAACAGUUCUGCCCCAUUCCCUCCAAGACCCUGGGCAUGAGCGUGGAUGCCUUCACCAUCCCGGGGCCGCUGUGGCAGGGGGGCGGGGCCGGGGGCGGAGCCACCAGGAGAGCCAGCAUCACCAGGAAGAGCACUGCCUCAAAUAAAUGAACUCUAAUACCUGACCUCUGCUCUGUGCUGCUACAGUUCUGAACUUGUUGUUUAAUUAGGUUGAAUAGGCUUUGGUUUUGUGUUUUUUCUGAAGGGUCCUUAGCCUGGCCAGCCCCCAGACUGUAUAACAGAAGCAGACUAAGAGAGUGUGGUCUCACCAUGCUCCAAAUGACGCCAAACAAGUCUAGCAGUUAUAGGGGUAAAUUUGCUGAGCUAAGUUCCACAAUAGGAAUGACUGAGUAUCAUAGCAACCAAAGAGCCAAUGAGGAGCGAGGAUGCACAGCUGGUUUAGCAGAGAGCAGGCACUGAGCUACGUUGUCAACCAAAGUCUAGCUGGAGCGACUUCGGCGAAAGAGGACAGCUCAUUGUUAUUAAUGUUCAUAUCUUGAUGCUCACUUCCUGUUUGAAAAGUGGAAACUGUCAGGUUGGCUCUGUGCAUUUAUAAAUACAGUCUGUGGGCCAGGCCACAAGAGACCAGAACUGGACUAACCUCUUUGUACAGCUCAGAAAGAGAGCGUCAGGCUGGUCAGGCUACAAUAUCCACACACAAAGUGCUUUUUUUACAGUAUCUUAUCCAAUUUGCACAAGUUGUUUAUUUUGUAUUAUGUUUUUUAUAAGAUUUACCACGACCCGUAAAGAGAAAGUGACUCUCCCUCAGCACACUGUAGAUAUCAGGGGACCAUGUCCACUCCUCACAGUGCUGUGAUGUGUCAGUGUUGAGGAACCUCCCCACAUGUCUGAGCCUGUAGAGCAGGUGUAUUCUGAGGGCACUAGUGGGUUUAUGGAUUGUAUAGAGUCAGAGUCGUUCAAACCAGGACGGCCAGUACCAACGCUCCCCAUUAAGCAGAUAACACACAAUGCACAGCGGUUUGCCAACACAGAGUAGGCGAGUUUCAGCUGACGUCAUUGUUAUUAAAAGCCCGCGUUGCUGCUGGGAAAUAUUUUGGUCGGAGGCAAGAAACACGGUAGCGUCAAACACAGUGCGUAACCUUGCGUAUUUCUCCCCGAUAAUGGUAAAUUCCUGCUGCAUUAUCGGAUGCACAAAUAGAAGCACGGAAGAAGGAAAAUGUCUUUUUCGUAUUCUGAGUGAAAAGAACCACUAACGGUGAAUUAAACGGCUUUCAAACAUUCGCAGAGCAAAUGUAGAAGAUCCUAACAAAGCGUGGACUCCAACAAGUUCAACAACACAUCGAGACUCUUGGAGGUUUUCAUCUUUUCUGCUGUGAAUGGCCCAGGAGUUUCCACCAAGUCAUUGUGGAUAUCACCCAAGUGAAUAUUUGUCCAGGUAGUUGGCGAUUCUGACCAGAAAUUCGGUUUGGUCCAAGGUUUUGUCGGGGUUGAAAAGGGUGAUUUGGCUCCGUCGAUGUUUAUGACCAAUUUCUGGUCAAAUGGUCUUGGGUCCUCUGCCGUUAGAGUGGAUAAAUUACCGGGAUCAAUACCCUUUACGUGCUUUCUCGCUCCGUCCGUCAUGUUGAAUUAGUGUUUCUUGCCGCCGACCAAAAUAAUUCCCAGCAUGCAACGCGCGCUUUUGUCAACAAUGAAACUCACCUAUACCACCUCCCCUCAGCAGGUUCUGAGCUUCACAUGAAUCCUGCACAUAAACUGAGAAUGAGGUAAACUCCCUGAUGGUUUGGUCCUGUUCAAGUCCUGUUUAGUUGCCAUGCUAUAAAGUGUUUGCCUGGGAUCCAGAACACACACUUCUUUAAUGCUUUACAAAGAUGUGAGUCUGGUCACCGGAGUUCAGAUGGGCGUGAUUGACAGGUGGAUCAAGGACAUGCAUGGUCCACCUAAAAAUAUGUCUGCUUUUGAAGAAAGAAAAGGACAAAAUAUGACAGGGGACUGAAACCUGUGGUAGAUUCUUGCACAAUCAGUGAGUGAAGCACUAAACUGUUACUCUGGCCCUGGCACACAGACAGUAACAGAGCAUUUCAGUGCAGUCAGUCUUACCAUUGCCAAAAUUCUGACAAUAUUGUUAUACUUGGAAUACAUAAGUAAAAGUUAGACUCCUAGGACUGGAUGGAUGUUUUAUACAGCUACAAACUGUUUGGAUCUGUUUUGAACACCUAUUCUAAAAUACCACUAAUGGUUGUGUAGUAAAAACAAUCAUUUAUCAAAGUAGACAUUUGUAUCAUAUUGUUUGUAUUGUAUGAUAAAUCACACCAUAAUAAGCUCUCCCAUAAUAAGGAGGUUGUGGGUGUCUGAGUGAAGUGCGCAUGUCCUCCCUGUGUUACUGUGGCAGAGUGGUUCUCUCUCCUCCAUCCAAAGACAUGCAUGCAGGUGAGCUGGAGGUCACAGUGGGUUGAACGUCUGAGUGAAUGUCCUGACAUGUUAGCCCUGUGUGUCCUACACUCCAGCUCUGCCCCCUGUGGAUAAGCAGCAGUAGUGCAUCAUAAGUUUCUUCGUAAUCUUGACAUACUGAUUUUUACCAUGACUUGUUGAAUGCUGUAAGCACU